CGUUUAGGGCCACCCGCGUUCAGUGUACGUUGGAAAAGUCGCACGACACGGCUAUGUGUGCAGACUUGGCCGAUGUGUAUCCGUUUAAAACGUCUCUCUGAAUUUGUGCUUGCGCAUUCGCCUUGGUAGCCUUGUUCGACCGCAUUUACAGCUCACUCGUGAUAAUAAUAACGAACCGGCAAAAAUGGGAUGCGGAGGAUCAGCGAUGCCGCCCAUGGCCAUGGAAGACACGGCCAACGACAUGAAAUUAGACAUUCCACCGGCCGUUGCUUUCAACGUACCGCUGUCGGAGGAAGAAGAGAGCGUUGUCAAGAAACAUCCGCCCAAGAGACUGAGGAUGCUGGAAGAGCAAAACUCGCCGCCGUUGACACACGAGAUGCUGUUGGAAAAACUGGCCGAAGCCGACCAGAGACGUUUACAGAUCUUAAACCAGAGGAUAGAAUCAGCCAAGACGUUGAUGAGACCAAGGUACAAUAGCGCUAGCAAGGCGAACGGGGGCGAAGACAAACUUGAAGAGAAUGAAGGCGUGGGUGAAGAAUCUUAAAAAAAUUGUUCAAUAAUUAAGAUAUAAUUGUGAUUUAUGACAAUUGCAGUUAACUAAAAAAAAAUAAGUACAAUUAUACGUCAGGCACUACAGAAGUUGAGUAUAGCUCCACAUGGCCAUCAUAGAGAAAUAAUAUGUCGAGUAAAUAUACAUACAUAAUAAUAUCGAAUACACCUUGUAAAUGUUAUCAGUUAUUAUAUUGUUGUCAAACGGGAA